AUGACACCGCUGCUCUCAGUGAGAAAUGUUUCCUGUUCACGACCUGAGGGGGACCAAAUUUUCUCCAAUGUGAACUUCAAUGUCAACGAGGGAGACAUCGCUGUUUUACGAGCUCGCAGCGGCAUUGGCAAAACAACAUUGCUGAAAUGCAUAGCCCAUCUGAACUUGUACCACGGGACUCCCAAGGCGUACGGCGUCCCUACAUACCGUACGCACGUUCAAUACGUGCCCCAGCGACCGUCACUCCUACCUGGCACUCCUCGCGAAUUGUUCCAUACUCUGUCCACCUUCCAGUCGCGUCACGCGACGGGGACUGCCAACCUAAACAAGUCGUUAGAUGUUGCGCGCUCAUGGGGAAUCGACGAAGAGUUGUGGGAUCGCGCAUGGAAUACGCUCAGUGGCGGAGAGGCGCAGAGGAUUGCCCUCGCGAUCAGCUUUGGGAUGAAUGGCACGAUCCUGUUGCUUGACGAGCCAACUUCCGCCCUUGACACAGAUGCUUCUCUCAAAGUCGAGAAGGCUCUCAUCGAGGCUGUCAGAUCCCCUGAGUCUCCGCUCCAAGCUCUCGUGUGGAUCACGCACUCGGAGGAGCAGGCAACAAGAGUCGGCACACGUUUUCUCCGCCUGUCACCUACGGGUAUCCGCGAGGAAACGUCGAUACCAAAUGACGCCUAG